UCCUGCUCCACUAGCCCAAUCAUGGACCUCGCAGCGAGGUGUGCGCUCCUGCUCUCCGGCUUCGCCCUGCUCGCAGCGCUCGAUCUGGACGCGAUUGACCCCGGCUACUAUGUGGAGACCAGCAGCCCGUCAGAUGUGAUCGACUACAAAGAUCCCUGCAAAGCUGUUGCUUAUCUCGGAGACAUCGCGCUGGAUGAGGAAGAUAUGCGCAUGUUUAAAGUGGACCGCAUUGUGAAUUUAGCAGAGAGAACAGUCACAGUUCUGAAUCACACAGAUGCGGGCUUAAUUGGCAGUCAGAGACUCAGGAAGAGAACUUGA